AUGGCAAAGGUGGUGAUGGCAGACCUGGCACAGCGGAAGGUGGAAAACAAGUCAUGGCCUAGAGGCUACAUGGAUGAUCAGCCUUUUAUCCAGUAUGACAGCCGUAUGGACAAAGCUGAGCCCCAAGCUCCAUGGAUUUCGUCCAAGGAUGCCACAUACUGGGAGGACGAGACCAAGAAGCAGAGGAAAUGGGCAGAGAUUCAUCAGGUGGAGACAUGGAUAGAGAUGGGCUACCACAACCACAGCACCGGCAUACACAGCACUCAGCGCAUGUUUGGCUGUGAGAUCCAGGAAGAUGGCCACUCCAACAGCUUCUGGCAGUUUGGCUAUGAUGGGCAAGACCACCUGUCACUGGACAUGGAAACUCUGAACUGGGUGACAGCUAACCCCAUGGCUCUGUGGACCAAGCACUGGUGGCAGGCAGAGCGCUGCUAUGCUGAGUAUGACAAAGCCUACCUGGAAGGCCCCUGCCUCACCUCCCUGCACAGAUACCUGGAGCUGGGAGGCCAUAGAUUCACCCGGAGAGAACCACACACAGUAUGGGUGACAAAGCACUCAGCCCAGGAUGGAGGUACCACCCUGAGGUGCUGGGCCCUGGGCUUCUAUCCACGAGACAUCUCACUGAGCUGGUGGCUGGGUGAGAAGAAGUUGAAUUCAAAGCUUGAGUAUGUCGAGACACGCCCCAGUGGAGAUGGCACCUAUCAGACGUGGAUGGCCGUGUGGGUGCCUGCUGGGAAUGAGACCCAAUACACAUGCCAUGUGCAGCACUCCAGCCUGAAUCACACGCUCACUGUGUCCUGGGAAAUGCCCUCUCAUCCAGGACUUGCCAUAGUUAUCUCUCUCAUCCUGAUCUUGCUGGUGAUUGGCGGUGUUGUGAGCUUGAUCAAGUGCCUUCAAGCCAGGAAUAAGGAGCCUUACGAGCAAGCCCCAGGUGAUUGUGGUGAAUAG